AUGGGCAUCGAAUGUGAAGGUUACGGAAUCAAGUUGCGAUGGCUGGCUCCUCUCGAAUUUCGCCAUCACGGGGCGUCAGUGUCGCAGAAGCUGGUUGCCUUUGAAGACAAGGAUCGAGACCACCAACGUCGGAAGGUCGAUUCAGUGGAGUGGAGUGAUCCUUAUGCAACUUACGAGGAUAUGGAUAAGGAUUUGGCGAUAUUGCAUCACUCGGGGCUGGACCCAGUUUUGAAAAGCGGUGUCACCAAAUGCUUGGGACCCUUUGGCGUGUUUCUGGGGCAGCUGACAAAUUCAAAUACGUCGUCUGAAGCGAUCAACUCUAAGCAUGAAAUAGAUUCCCCUCAAAAGCUUGCUACUCCAACCGACAAUCUUCAGCACAGUGGACAUGACAUAUGGAUCGCCCAAGAGCUUCUUCAGGGUGCUUACAUCACUGCUGCCGCCAUGGGUAAUGAUCAGUAUCUUGAUAACUUAUUAAAUGACGAGUUUCGCUUUGAUGAUGGUGAUUUCGACUUCUACAGUCUUGUGUUUCGGAACCAGCCGGUACCCGUGGAAGACACCACUCCAUCUCAUAGUCAGCCACAAUUAGCGGUAGAUACAAGUCUGCCUCUGCUUGAUAUUCAGUUGUAUCCACAAGAUGACCAGGGAGUAUCUUCAAUUUUACAGAUAGUGGACACCCCAGGGCUGUCGGUACCUGCUCUACAAAAUACUGUUCCAACCACCGCACUCAAAGUUCAACCAUUGACUCGCUACUUGCUUAAUUACUACAUCACUGAAGUAGCAGAUCUCAUGACCGUGAUCCCAUUGACGGAAAAUCCAUGGAAAACGAUUUACUUCCCCAGAGCUCUCGCAGCCUUGGGUGAACUCUCUGGUCUAGGUCAUACUCUGACAGCCAAAAAUGCAUUGCUAUAUGCACUUUUGGCCGUCCUGGCAUUCAAUUUACAACUGAAGUUUCCUUCAAAGCUGGACCUGAAGACAUUUUACCUCAAGUUGGGUGGUCGUCUUCGGUCUCAAGCCCUGUACUUCAUAAACCAACUUAGUAUUAGUCAUUGUGUCAGCAAAGAAAAAUACAAAGAUGUUCUUUGUGCCAUUAUGCUGAUGAUUCUGGUGGACUUGGUAUGGGGGACUAUGCAGGGUACUCAUUAUUACAUCGAAUUUUGUGGUGAAGUCAUAAGGGCAAAGAUGAAACACAAGCGCAAACUUCUGAGUAAAGCGAGAGUUCUCCAUCGUAUUUUUAGCUCCUUGAAGCUCAUUCAGGAUCUGACUUGUCUAGAUCCAAAACAAAUUCACGCUAAUUGGGGAAUGGGAUUUAGAGAAAAUGCAGAGCAUACUUCGACAACCCUCACUCCAGAAUUCGUUGACCAAAAGCUUAAUAAUACCAAGAAGAAAGAUGAGAACUUCGCAACUGAUGCUCUUUAUGGCUUGCCCAAUAGUCUAAUUCGCUUAUUUGCAGCUACAGUUGACAUGGUGCGCACAAGAAUUUACGAAGGAACUGUGCCCGUUAGUGAGGCCAACUCUCUUCGUCUCCAAUUGGACGAAUGGUCACUCGAGUGGCAACUAAAUACAGAAGACGGCGGUAUGCAAGAAGCAACAUACCACCAUAUCGUUCUGUUUCAUUACGCGCUCACCAUCUAUUUUGAUCGAUUCAUCCUUGAUACCCCUAUAGAGAGGGUCCAGCCAGCUGUACGUCAUACAUUAAACCAUCUCAAUGCAAUCAUUCGCCUAAUCCAAAAGGGAACAGCACGGAUCAUUCCUCUUUUUUGGCAAGGUUUCAUUGCUGGAUGCGAAGCCACACUGUCGGAGCUUCAACAAGGCUUCAAACAAUGGGGGGCCGACAUUGCUCAGUACUUGGGGAGUUAUUGGGGGGCACGGCAAAUUAUGUUAGAAGUGUGGAGACGACGUAGCCACCACGAAGCCCAUGAUGACUGGGUUCAUGUUAUCAAAGAUUGGAGAACUAACCUUAUGCUUAAUUGA